AUGCUUCCAGAACUUAGUCAGCCUGAAACAUAUGAUGAACUAUUACCAAAGCUUUCACCGGCAAUGUGUAAAAUGUGUCAGUCUUAUAUAGUCCAGGAAAAAGAAUCAAAAUCGGAUGAAUGGUUUUCGUCAUUGCAAUACUUGCAUUGUAAUAUAAAUGAUCUAUUGAUCACUAAUUCCUUUUUAGAUAGUGCAAGUAAUUACAAACAUAUAUUUGAAUCAUUAGGAUGGUAUACAGAUGUGCCAAUUAGUGUAAAGGACAAAGAUAGUAAGAUUGUUACGUCUACUAGAAAUUUUGCUUAUAUUAAUAAUGGUGAACCAAAACCAAUGUUAUGUUUAGGUAUAACAUGGAUUCAAAAAGUUCAAGAUAAAUUAGCUUCAAAAAUUAAAAAAAUUAAGUAUUUAGAUGCUUUAUGCUCUGUUUCACAGAAAACAAAGGAUAUAUUAGAUUCUGUAAAGUCGAAGACUUAUUGCUUUGCAAUAGUUAUGGGAGGUGAGGAAAAAAAUAUACAAAGCAAGGAACAAAGUUUCAUAUCGAAUUCUAGAGAUAUAUUUAAAUCUAAACCCAAAGGAUCAUUGCUUUGCAGGCCCUUUAAGGAUGACUCUUUGAGUCAUAAAAGUCUUGCAAAAUAUUUUAAAAGUAAAACAUUACCAAUUAUCACAAAUAAUCAGAAUUCGGAGUCAUUGAUUCAAGAUAUUACAAAUAAGCAGAAUCUGAAGUCAUUGAUUCAAGAUAUUACAAAUAAGCAGAAUCUGGAGUUAUUGAUUCAAGAUAUUAUAAUAAAAGAGACAGCUACAAAGCAUGCUUUAUCACAUUGUAUUGGGCAUCCAGCAAUGUCAUGGCUAUUCGCUAAGCUAGUUAUAGGAAAAAGUAGCACAGGUAAGACUAAUAUACUCGGAAAUCUUGUUCUUGGUGACAAAGCUAAAUAUAUAUAUAAAAAGAAAAAGAGUGGAUCUAGAUAUAUACAGUGUGAUGAUUUGAUAGUUUGUAGAUACCAUCCUAAUGAACCAAAAUGGGCUUUCAUUAGAUAUAUGUAUGGAAUAAUUGCAAGUAAUCCAAGAGCAUCAUAUUAUGAAAAUAUUAGGUUUAGUUAUAUCUCAUCUGAAAAAAUUUCUAGUGUAAAAUCUUUCUCCUCCGAAAGAAGUACUGUUAUUAUCUUUGAAAAUUUAUAUGUUGUCACUGAUGCAUCAAUGGUCAUUAAUAGCUAUCUUCACAAGAGUGAGUUUAUUGUAUUUAACCUUAAUAGAGCAGAGGAUGAUCCACUUGCAAUCUGGUUGAAGUUCAGUAUCCCAUUAGAUUUGCAGAAAGAAAUAGAGUUAUGUCAGAAGCAUAAGACAAAAAAUGCAUUAUCUACGAAGCCUAUGAAUUCUGAACCUGAAAAAUCAGCCACAUACGUGUUCUGCUUCACAAAAAUAAAAAGUCUAUAG